AUGUUUCAAUUUCAGGGAGUUUGGUAUGAAAUAAAAAGAACAUUUACAUUAUUCGAAACGGGAUUAAAAUGUUCUGCAACAAUUAUUACCAAUGUCGAAAAUGGGAAUGCAUUAUUUAGAAGAACAGGAGUUAAUAUUAUAAAUCGGCAUUUUAUUAUAAUGCAAGGUAAAUUACGUACUGUCAAUUCUAUAUCUCCAGCAAAUAUGGAGCUUACACUAGGAGCACUUCGUUUCAGAUCGAUAUAUAAAAUUAUAGAUACAAAUUACGAAGAUUAUGCAGCAGUAUGGAGUUGUUAUGAAUCGCCAUUAUUAGCUGGAACUCUUGGUCACACAGAGAACUUAUGGAUUCUUUCACGUCAAAUACUUUUGAAACCAGAAUAUUUGAAUAAAAUGUUUGAUGUUAUAGAUUCUCUUAACAUAAGCAGAGCUACCUUAAUUGACACUAAUUUUAAUAACUGUACAGAUAUAAGUGGAAGAUUAAAUAGCAAAUUAUCUUCACAUUUUUAA